CACUCACUUGGAAGCGGAGGCCAGUUAGAGUUUUUCUGCCCGCUGCGAGUGAACGGUUGUUUCGGCAUUUCUCGUGUUCUCCCAUACUUUGCACCGUUUCAUUUCAAUACGCAUAAGAUUUUUUACCCAAAAAGAAAAAUUAAAUCAGGCAUAGCAGUUUUACAGGACACAAAAAACAUAGCAGCACAAAACGGAGAAAGGAAACUUGCCCAAUUUCACAAGGAAACAAUACGGAUUUGGAGUCAACAAAAGCCGAAGCAAUUUCAGUUCUCUUGCAUUCCACAACGAAACGUUACGGUUAGUCGCUGGCCCAAGCCCUGACAGGAGCAGACAGAAGAACCACUGAAGCACUCACUGCUGCGGCUGAGCCACACACGCAACGUCUGUAGGAUGAGCACUGCGGGCACCGACGGAGCAGGUGGAGGAGAUGGUGCACCGCCCACAACGCCGUCACCGUCUGGCCACGGACCAAGUCGUCGCCACAGCCACUUGUCGGGCAGCAACCGUUCAGGAGGCGCCGCCACCAUGGGCAACGUGGUCGGCUGGCUGAAGCAGGCUUCCAUUGAGGUGCGCGACGCUGGCACGCGCACGCUGUCCAUGCUGCAGAGCAGCAAUCCAAAUUUUCGAUCUCUCGACUUAUCGCUGGCAACGCCGACGGCCACUGUGCCCACCUCGACGUCCGUGCCCGCUGCGACAUCCAGUGCGGCUGCCUCUCUGUGCGGCUCAACCAACUUUGGCAACGAAGAGGAUCCCAGCGGCAGCCUGUCGCUGACGCCGCAGGACGCCCGUGAGCUGCUGACACACCCGACGCGCGCCUACGUCUACGCCUCCGUCAGCCAGCCGCAGAGUCCGCGCCAUCGCGGAUCUUCAACGCGGACAGCACCGCACGGCCUGAACGGCCGCUCCACAUCGAUUUCCUCGCAGCUGGAGAAGACCAAGAAGCUGCUAAAGAUGACCGAGGGCGAGGACAAGCCCCUGACCAUUUUGCACUACAACGAUGUCUACAACAUUGAGUCCAUGGCCGAGACGGAGCCCGUGGGCGGUGCAGCCCGAUUUGCCACCGCCAUCAAGGGCUAUGCACAUCUCAAUCCGCUGGUGCUCUUCAGCGGAGACGCCUUCUCGCCCAGCAUGUUGAGCACCUUUACCCAGGGAGAACAGAUGGUUCCCGUGCUCAAUUCGGUGGGAACACACUGCGCCGUCUUUGGCAAUCAUGAUUUUGAUCACGGCCUGGAUGUGCUGGUGCAGCUGAUCAAGAAAACGGAAUUCCCCUGGCUCAUGUCCAAUGUGGUGGACAAUGAAACCGGCCGUCCGCUGGGUGGUGGCAAGAUCUCACAUUUCAUUUUGCACAAUCAAAUUUCGAUUGGCCUGAUUGGACUGGUGGAGCGCGAGUGGCUGGAGACGCUGCCCACCAUCGAUCCCAAUGAAGUCACGUACAUCGACUACGUGGAGGCGGGCAAUCGCCUGGCCCGUGAGCUGCGCAACGAGGGCUGCGAUCUGAUCAUUGCCCUGACCCACAUGCGCACACCGAAUGACAUCAAUCUGGCUGAGAAUUGCAACGGCAUUGACAUCAUCCUGGGCGGACACGACCACGUGCGCGAGGUGACGGAGAUCAAUGGCAAAAUGAUCGUCAAGUCCGGCACGGACUUCCAGCAGUUUUCGGUCAUCACCAUAGAGCGGGAUGCCGCCAAUCGGGAGCACUUUACCACGGAUGUCAAGUGUGUGGAUGUGACGGCCAAAAUACCAGAGGAUCCCGAACUCAAGGAGGAGCUCUCCAAGUAUGCCAAGUUCAUUGAGAGCAAGUUGUCGGAUGUGAUGGGUGUGUUCAGCGUGGAGCUGGACGGACGCUUCUCCCGGGUGCGCACACAGGAAACGAAUCUGGGCAAUUGGGUGUGCGACGUGGUGCUGGCUGCGGUUGGUGCCGAUGUGGUCAUCCUCAAUGGCGGCACCUUCCGCUCGGAUCGCAUUCAUCCGGUUGGUGCCUUUACCAUGGGCGAUCUGGUCAAUGUUAUACCCAUGAGGGAUCCCCUCAUCCUGCUCGAGGUCAGCGGCCGUGUGUUGUGGCAGGCCCUGGAGAACGGUGUGUCGGCAUACCCCAAGCUGGAGGGACGCUUUCCCCAGGUGGCUGGCAUCAGUUUCGCCUUCAAUCCACUGGCAGAGCCCGGCAAGCGCAUCGAUCCCCAGUUGAUCCAAGUGGGCGAUGAGUACCUCAACUUGGAGCAAACCUACAAGCUGUGCGUGAAGAGCUACAUCUUCAUGGGCUGCGAUGGCUAUACCAUGUUCAAAGGUGUCACUGUGCUGAUGGAUGACGAUGCUUGUCCAGAGCUGGGCAUCACACUGCAGAAUCACUUCAAGGCCAUCAAUUCGCGCAAGUGCGGCCAGAACACCAAGCACCGACAGUCGCUGGUGACGCUCUCGAGGCGGCAUAGCCUGGUGCAAUGCCUGGACAGCAUGGACCUGGACGGACCAUCGCCCAUUCGCAAGCUGUCCGUGGGACACCACAACAAGUCCAUGGAUCUGUCGCAUGGCAACUCACAGAAGAUGCUGCGUCGUGCCUCCCUGGAUGAUCUGGAGCAGUCCUCGUGCGAGUUGGCACCGCAGCUGGAGCAUCGCAUUGUCAUGAUUCAGAAUGAAGAGCAUCAUCGGCAGCUUCUGUACAAAAAGGAGACGCAGAUUAUGAACUCUACGAUAACCGAGGCUGAGGACGAUUACAAAUCUAGACAAUUUGAUUUUAAGCCAGGGCCCGAGGUGGAGAGGAAUAUUUGAUUAAGGAUAAGGCAGUCAGCAGACAGCAGACAGCAGUCAAAGUAUUUAGCUAGCUAGUUAGGUUUGCAGAUCCAUCAACUGGGAUCUAUCAUCCGUGUAUUUUGCUGUUCAUUGUUACUAAUCUUCGUUGCAAACGUUUUAAGACAUCCUCCAAAAUGUGUGUUGAUCCUACGACUCGUAAAUGUAUGUAUCUAUAGUCAGUAAUUAAACUUAAUGUAUUUUAGCUAAA